AGUAAGAACUGAUCAAUCACAGUCAAAUAUAUGUGAAGAGAAAACUCGACUUGAAGAGAAUAUCGAACCUUACUGUGACGACGAAUUUUAUCUUGCGUGCCAUUUCGUUAUUAUGUGCUUAAUUGUAAAAAUGUGACAUACCUCGUACUUAUGAAAUUCACAGAAAUGGAUGGAAAGUAAAGUUAUUUUUGACUUUUAUACAUAAAAGCAUAUUUUUCAUUCCUUUUAACAGAUGUUAAAUCGCGAGUUUUCCUGAAUAGCUUCACUUUGCGUGCCUUUUACGACUAUUUACUGACUGUAUGAAGAGGGGGAAAAGGAGUUUCCAUCCAUUUUUACAAGUUUUUUAAAGCGAUCCUAUUUUUUUAUUUUAUUCAAAUUCUCUUUAUUUAAAAAUGGCAGGCAAGAAACUUUUACGUGUCAUUUCUCGCUUGUGCAGACGUCACGAUUCCAAUGGCCGCAAUGACUAAUCAGGAGCCUUAAUUAAUAUUCUACAAGAUACGAUUACGAUCGUGUUUUCAUUUCCACGUCUCCGUAAUAUCUCUGCAACGUUGCACUGUGAUUUGCAAAUUUGCAAUACUUUUUCGAUAAUAAGACGACUCAAGUGGCUACAAAUCGCACGAUGGAAUAUUUGAGCUUCAAUGUUUCCAGCAAGUCUCUUACUUUGAAAAAGCGAGAUAUUCUUCCAAAACCAGCGGCAAACGAGGUUCGAAUUAAAGUCGCGUAUUCUGGAAUUUGUGGGACGGAUCUUCAUAUUUUGGAAGGAUCCUUUCCCUGUAAAGAGGAUGGACCUUUGACUCUUGGACAUGAGUUUGUAGGUACUAUCGAUGAAAUUGGAUCGGAAGUGACCAUUUUUAAAAUCGGUCAACGUGUCGCCGUUGAUCCUAAUAGUGGAUGCGACAAAUGCGAUCAUUGUCAUAAUGCGAAUUAUCACUUUUGUAAAUACGGUGGUAUAAAUAAUACCAUAGGUAUUUUUAGAGAUGGUGGAUGGGCUACGCACGUGCUUGUCCCAGAAACACAGGUAUAUUCAAUCCCGGAUGAUCUUGAAAUGCGCCAUGCAGUUCUGAGUGAACCGUUAUCAUGCAUGGCUCACGGCUGGGAUAAAAUCAAUCCUGUAAAUGUAGGAAAGAGGAUUCUCGUUAUAGGUGCCGGUAUCAUAGGUUUACUGUGGGCCUGUCUAUUUCAUUUGCACGGUCUUAGAAAGACUGUCACGAUCAGUGAACCGCAACAAAAACGGAAAGAUCUUGCCGCUAAUCUUGGUCUCGAUUAUAAAGUAAAAAAUCCGACAGAAUUAAAAGAGGAGUUUGAUUUAGCUAUGGAUUGCAGCGGCAGUGCUCCAGCCAUAGAAUUGGCCAUAUCUUUAUUAGGUUCCGGUGGUCGCUUAUGCGUAUUCGGUGUCGCUAAUCCAAAAGCAAAACUAUCGAUUGAACCAUAUCAGAUUUACAAAAAGGAGUUGACCAUCGUAGGCGUGAAUAUAAAUCCCUUCAGUUUUUCUAAAGGAUUAUCUUUGGUGCAAGCAAUGUCUGAAAAAUAUCUUGACUACAAUAAAUUAGGGAUCAAGAUAUUUUCUUUGUCCCAAUAUAAAGAAGCUCUCGAUGCAUUGAAGAAGGGAGAUAUAAGCAAAGCCGUUUUCAAAUUAUAAAAUAAAGUCUGAGAAGAAUUCUGUACGUGUAACAAGAAAGGCCUUUAUGAAGAAAUUACUUUGUUUUUAUAAAAUUUUAUUGCUUAUUCCAUACAUACAUUUGGUUGAAUAUAAUGCAUGGAGUUUUAAUUAAUAAAAUGCGCGAUAUCAUAGUAUACAAACGAGUACCUGUAUAAAACUUUGCCACUGAUAUUAUAGUCACGGUAUAUCUGUGACAAUACACAAUUGUUCACAACGUGUAUAAAUACUACAGUUAUUAUAAAUAUUACGAAUAAGAAUGGGUUACAAGUAACACAUACGUUAUUUCCCAUUCCUAAUUACGAGUAUCAUGGUGUCAAGUUUCAAAUGCAAAUUACAAUAUUAGUAUAAGUAUAAAAUUGGAAAAACUUGUAAAGAAUAUAUAAAAACUUGCUGAGA